GGAAAUGGGGUUUGCUAGUUAAGGGGCGCGUUCCUGAGCGGUGUCUGGUCCGAUUCCUAGGAGCGCUGCGUCCUGUCAGCCUUGUCUCUAACCACAGAUCCCAUCCCGAGACAGGAGAAAUGCUGGGGUUAACAGCCUCUGGUUAGGGUCGGCCCUCACAGAGGCAGGGUGGAAGAACCGGUCACAUGGAGAGCCUGUAAAAGCGAAGGCCCUAACAUGGCGGGCAAUUAGGAAUCUACUUCCGGAAUUUAAAGCGGGCUUCCGGAAGCCGAGAGGGUGUUCCCAUGACAACCGACGUCGGUUCUUUGAGGUCCUUGCAUUAGAGCCAGGGAAACAGCUCUGAUUUGAAAAAACUAAACAUCUCUCCCCGAGGUCUGGGCAAAGAGAGAACCAGAAGUUAUUUUCUCCAGAACUGUGGAAUGUACCCUUGGGAGUCCCAAAAAUCAGACAGAAGAUGCUCCAGACCAGUAACUACAGCCUGGUGCUCUCCCUGCAGUUCCUGUUGCUGUCCUAUGACCUGUUCGUCAAUUCCUUCUCGGAGCUACUUCGAAUGGCUCCUGUUAUCCAGCUUGUGCUGUUCAUCAUCCAGGAUAUUGCAAUCCUCUUCAACAUCAUCAUAAUUUUCCUCAUGUUCUUCAACACCUUCGUCUUCCAGGCUGGCCUGGUCAACCUCCUAUUUCAUAAGUUUAAAGGGACUAUCAUUCUGACAUCUGUGUACCUCGCCCUCAGCAUCUCCCUACAUGUCUGGGUCAUGAACGUGCGAUGGAAAAACUCCAGCAGCUUCAGAUGGACAAAUGGCCUACAAACACUGUUUGUAUUCCAGAGACUAGCUGCAGUACUCUACUGCUAUUUCUACAAAAGGACGGCCCUGAGACUGGGUGACCCCCGAUUUUACCAGGACUCACUAUGGCUGCGCAAGGAGUUCAUGCAAGUUCGAAGGUGACCACUUGAUGUCACAUGGAUGAAUACCUUUCCUUCCUGGUAGAAGGCUUCUGGGCUGCUCUCCAGGGAGGAGCAGCCAUUGGCACCAGAAAACAGGUGGACUUCCUAGGAUACAUUUACACUAGCUGUACUCAGCAAUCGAGAAGGAAGACUCACCAGGCCUGGUUAGAAACAGAGGCAAGAGUUUGAGGCCUACCUAAUGAGUUCUAGGUUAGCCUAUAGAGGGAGACCCUACCUAAAAAAAAAAAAAAAACCUUCCCUAUUGCAAAUUAAAGUGUCGUCCCCCCCCCCCCCCCCCGCUGCAGACUGUAGUAUGAAGUGCAGUCUUGCCUGCUCCUCCGUCUGCCCACUUUCUUCUCUUACUACUCCGUACUGCUCACUCUUUCCUUCUCCUUCCUGAGGAUUGGCAGCUCUGGAGCUCCCACUCUUUAAAGCUUCUGGUUCAGCCUUUAAGGUAGCAAGGUCUCAGCGCAGACCCUGUUUUGCUGAUCCUAUACUUGAGUGACUGCAGGAUGCAGAUAAUGAUGGCCAUGUCCUCCUGACUGACCACACCUUCGUUGUUUAGAUUUUAUAUCCAAAGUACUUUUUUUUACAGUUCUAAAAGGAAAUAAAUUGAAUUCUUUUUUAAAAUAAACGGUAGAGUCUGUC